UCCAUCAUACCGCUGAGCAUUGACGAAUCAUGGAAGCCGUACGGUCGGGCCGAGCCGGCAGUUUGACGGUCAACGUCAUCGCUCCGGAUCGCUCAUGAAGGUACUAAUAGCAGCUCAACAUCGAUGUAAUCGAAUGGUAUUUAUACUGAGAAAGCAUUCAGUCAUUCGAUCGAAGUUUCAAAAAUCGAAUUCCACGUCAACUUGAAAUACCCGGACACUUCGCAUCCAACAUCAUGUCUCACCACGUUCUCCUCAUCGGCGGCCAUGGCAAGGUCUCACAACUGCUCACGCCACUCCUGCUUUCGCGAUCCUGGAAUGUCACAUCCAUCAUUCGAACAGCAGACCAAAAGCCCACAGUCGAAGCUCUCGGCAAGAACCAGCCAGGCAAGCUUGACGUGCUCAUCAGCAGCGUUGCAGAUGUCAAGACCGAAGCAGACGCAAAGUCAAUCAUCGACCGCGUCAAGCCCGACUGGGUAGUCUGGAGCGCUGGCGCCGGCGGCAAGGGUGGUGCUUCGAACACGAUUGCUGUCGACCAUGAUGCUGCCAUUGCGUUCACCAAGGCUAGCAUCCACACACCCAGUGUGAAGAAGUUCCUUACCGUUUCAUACCUCUCCAGCAGAAGAGGAACUCCAAGCUGGUGGAGUGAGGAGGACGCAAAAACGGCGAAGAAGACGAACGAGGAGAUCUUGCCAACAUACUACAAGGCCAAGGUCGCAGCGGACGAGGUCUUGACCAUACUGUCCCGCGAGCGCCUGGAGAAGGAGGCCAAAGACGGUGUCCCUGAGAAAGAGCGAUUCGCUGGCAUUAGCUUGAGGCCGGGUGGCUUGACGGAUGAGAAGGCUGGAGGUGUGACAGUAGGCAGGAUUGGAGCAGGAGCCAAGACCAGCCGUGAUACUACAGCACAUGCUAUUGUAGCGGCGUUGGAGACGGACUUCAAGGGCUGGCUUGAUGUUAUCGACGGCGAUGAGGACCCUAAGACCGCUAUUCAGAAGCUGGCAGAUCAGGGUAUUGAUACUGCCGAGGAAGAGGACUGGGAAGCAGCAAAGGAGAGGGUCUCGAAGCUGUGAGGAUAGAAGCUACGCCGAAAAUUGACUGGCAUCGAAUGCACGAGAUAAAUCCUCGAAUUAAUCAUUCCCUUGUCCUAAACGCGCCUUGACGUUGAAUACUGGGGUAGCGGCGCGCACGGAUGUGAACAGAAACGUCAUGCCAUAUUCGG